GGAGCCGCCGCUGCUGCGCACUGGAACUUCUCUCCGUGAUGGAGCGCAGCCUGCUGCCUCCACUGGCUCUACACCAGUGAGAUGGGAGUGUAAAGUGAACGGGAUUAGAGCCCUGCUCCACCUGAAGACCCGGGCUGGAUGGACGACAUGUCUCCUCAGCAGCAGCAGCAGGAAAACCUGAGGCGGGGACAGCACGAGAACAAGCGGCGGAUGAAGUCUCAGAGCUAUCGGCGCCAGUCUGCCCCGUCUCUGGUCAUCACCAAGGCUCUCACCAGAUCCAAGACGCUCUCCAGAGAGAGCUUCCUGGUUCCUGUGGGAGUCGAGACUUGUCCGCUUGUCCAGUCCCUUCUCAAAACCUCACACAGGUCAUUCCUCCUCCACGGUCACGCCCAGCUGAAGACUGGCAUGCAGACCCAGGACAGACACCUCUUCAUGUUCAACGACAUUCUGGUCAUCGCCAAGGCCAAGACGGCCACCCACUUUAAACAGAAAGCUCAGGUGCUUGUGUGUGAGAUGUGGACAGCCAACUGCAUGGAGGAGGUGUGUGAGGGAAGCACCAGCCCGGAGAGGAGCUUUGUUUUGGGCUGGCCCACCUGCAACUGUGCUGCCAUGUUCAGCUCCGCAGAACUGAAGGAACAAUGGCUGUCUCUCAUCAAAAGUCGCAUCAAAGAAGAAAAAGAGAAGGAAGUGUCCAAGACUAUUCCUCUGAGGGUCUACGGGAAGGGCAUCAACGCGUUCGCUGUUACCAAAACUCUUCCGGUCAGCAACUGGGACUCCACCAACGAAGUCAUCCGUCUGGCCCUGCAGCAGUUCAGCAUCAUCGGGAAAGUGAAAGACUACCAACUGUGGGUCGUCUCCAAGAGAGACAACGCACCCUAUCCGCUCAUUGGUCACGAGUUUCCCUUCAGCAUCCAGAUGAGUCACGUGAGGCAAAUGCUGAUUCAGGUGGGCAGUGGAGAAAGCGCUGCGCCCCCUACAGACAGACAGAGGGCCUUGCAUCUAGAGCAUGGUUCAAAGAUGUGCCAGUUCAUCCUGAAGCCCCGCCCCCUGGAAACAGCCCUGCAGCAGAUGACAGCCGAUUUCCCACAGAAAACCUUCAGAAGGCGGCGCUCGCUCAUCACCUGGGCCUUCUGGCGAGGCUCUUACACGCAACUCCACCAACUGUCGCCUUCUAGUGCGGCACCGGGCUGCUUGUUCAACCAGCCGCUGAGUGCCGUGUGCGUCGAGGAGGCGCUGCCAAAGCCAGUUUUGGACAUGUUGACCUUCCUCUACCAUGAGGGUUCUUGGACUCGUGGCAUCUUCCGUCGACCUGCGGGUGCCCGAGCGGUCAGGGAGUUGCGCGACUCUCUGGAUGCUGGUGGGUUCCAACUCCCUCUGACCCGGGACCAUGUCUUUGUCAUCGCUGGGGUCUUUAAGGACUUCUUGCGCAGCAUUCCAGGGAGCCUGUUGAGUUCGGAGCUCUAUGAGGACUGGGUGGAGGUGCUUGAGGAGGAGGAGGAGGAGGAGGAGCGGCUGCAGGACAUUCAGAGGUUGAUAGCGAGGUUGCCCAAGGAAAACGCCGUGUUGCUGCGCCACCUGCUGGCCGUACUCUAUGCCAUCCAAAGCUAUGCUCAUGAGAACCAGAUGACCAGCUUCAACCUGUCUGUGUGCAUCGCUCCCAGCAUGCUUUGGCCUCCUGGAGCCCCCUGCAGCUCUGAGGUGGAGGGAGAAGCAACGAAGAGGGUGUGCCAUUUGGUCAGGUUUAUGAUUGAACACAGUCCGCAGGUUUUAGGACACGAACCUGCCGCUCUGUUCGGAGGGCCACCGAAAAGAGAGAACCUUCCAGAGUCGGAAUCAGAGUCGUGGAUGUACCCGAUGACCGACUCGUCCUACGACAGUCUGGAGAACGAGCUGGACAACAGCAGUGGCGGCUCCCCUGGCUCCUGCAGAAGAAGGCGUUUACGAUCGAAAGCCCUACAGGGCAGCCUGGACUCCAUCCUCACAUUCAGUGACUGCGACCAGGACAGGGACCUUCACCCCCUUGGUAGACCAAGAGCCCACACGCCUGAUGCAGACCUUGGGCGUGGUGGUGAGGAUGAGGUGCCCACAGAUAGUCCCUCGGCUGCGGACACCUGGUCCCUGGAUGGUCAUCACAGAGAGCGUCGGCGCUCAGAACCAGCUCUGGCCUACGUGAGCAGACUGACGUGCGCUUCACAGAGCACGGACGGCCUCACUGGCGAGGACGAAGACGACGACGAUGAUGAUGAUGGUGGUGAUUUGAACUUGAACAGGAAGAUCAGCACUCAAGCCAGAAGAGGCUCAUCGUCCAGGACAACCCUCCUCAGAUCAGCUGCCCUAGAGACCAGCUCCUCCAGCUUCGCCUCCACCUCCCCUGCACCCACACCCUCCUCCCUGGACUCUCUGGACUCCCUCUGCAACGACCACAGCCUCUCAGGCGGCGGCCCACAGGGUUCCACCAAGAACCGCUGGAGCUCUGAAACCUGCUCACCAUCCAAGGAGCCAAUAAACCUGAGCGCUGUCAAGUGCCACAGAGGCCUCCACCCAAACUCUUGGCUGAAGAAAGACCGGCGACUGUCCUUGAACCAAGCGGAGCGAGCUGAGGAAGAGACAGGGGGAUGCGGGGACAAGUCCACCGGUCUUUGUAAGAAAGUGGCAGGGAAAGCAAAUGCGGGGCAAGAGACCCCCAUCAACCUCUCAGUAAAGUGCAGAAGCCGAGCCGGGAAAGUAGCAGAGGCCCAUGCGACCGAGCAUCCUAGUAAGGAGGAGGGGCCGCUCUCUGUGUCCCAUCACUGCUCUACAAUAGGUCAAACGCUUCAUAGCUCGAGCGAGAGACGCGCGGCGCUGCCAUUGUUCUACAAGCCAAGUGGGCCCAGUCUGUCUCUCUUCAAGCGGCAAAAAUGGGUGUGUAGCAACAGACUGCACCUGCGCCGAGGGUCCGAGCCAGAGAGUCGGGUGAUGGAUCAGGUGACGGGCUUGAGCCGGGCCAGGCUGCCCAGUGACCCGGGGCUGAAGGUGUCUGAGGUGGAUUCAGAUGAGGGCGCUGCUUCACGUUACUGCGUCUCUCCGCACGCAAGCCAAGUGGUCAGGGACUAUUUCUCCACUCACCCCAACGCUCACCCCGAUAGCAGCCAGCAGGUGGCGCUGGCGCUGCUAGAGAAGGACAGGCAGAGGUGCAGUGAUCCCGCUGCAGAGACUGACUUGGACCAGCUGCUCUUCGCUGAAGAAUCUUACGUCUGACUUCCUGCAAACGGGCGUCAUGACCUCCACCCAAGCUGCAACUCAUACUUAAUGUAGCAAAUGUAGAAAGCUCCGAUAUAAGUGCUCCGCUUCGCUUGAUAGACUGAAGAAGUUAAAGCCUUUUUCAUUCAUAGUUGAAACUAGCUCACACACGCAGUAAACCACCCCGUCAAUGAAGCGGCCAUGUUCUCUGACUUGUCGACAAAAGCACUGUUUACACGAGUGACAGGAAGUGAAAAUUGUUAUGUAAAUACUGGAGUUUACGAAGCCUGUUCAGUCACCAUGUUUGUUUUUGCGCUUCACACUUGAUCAAGCUGGAUCUCUACAUUAUUCUGGUCACUGAAAUGUCGUCAUUAAGUUUGAAUAAAGUCAUUGAAGAGGCGUUUCUUCCUCACCUGGGGACUCGACUAAGAGUUGAAGGCUCACUCUUUUCUUCCUUCACAAUACUGAUCUCCUUUUCCUGUGAUCAACCAGUUCAACCAGAGAGCAGAUGAGCAACUAAUUUCCCUCAGUCUUGAGGAACAACCUGAUGGAAACCUGACCUGCAGGUCGGCGAUCACCAAGACUGAUGUGAACACUUCUGGUGCGUCAGAAGGCAGCGAAACGCUCAACACCACGUGUAGCGUCUGCAGCACGAAUGAGGCGACCGUCAUCUUGUUUACCCACCAACCGUCACACAAUCAUGACUGCAUGAAUAUUCAAAGACGCGUCUGCAGG